AUGCUUCACACUCCAGCCAACAUUCUCCUCCUCUCUUUGGCUGUCUCRGAUCUCCUUGUGGGUCUCCUGCUGAUGCCAUUUGAAAUUAUAAGAAACACAGCCUGCUGGUUUUUUGGUGAUCUCUUGUGUUAUUUGUAUAAUUCARUGUCUUUAAUCAUAACAUUUUCUUCAGUGGGAGACAUGGUGCUCAUAUCAAUUGACCGCUAUGUGGCAAUAUGUGACCCUCUGCAUUACCCUGCCAAAGUCACUGAGAGAAGAGUUAAAUUUAGUGUCUGUCUAUGCUGGUUCUGCUCYAUUUUGUAUGGUAGUCUUAUUGUAAAGGCUGACUUUACAAAACAGGGUAGACCCAAUCWGUGCUUGGGGAAAUGUAUAAUCACUGCUGACCACAUUGCAGAAAGUGUUGAUAUUAUUGUAARCUUUAUUGUUCCAGUUACCAUCAUCAUAGUUCUGUAUWUGAGAGURUUUAUCGUGGCAGUGUCUCAGGCUCGUGYCAUGCAUUCUCAUAUUAAAGUAUUCACCCUGCAUCUCUCAGUGACACAAACAAAAAAAUCUGAGUUGAAAGCAGCCAGGACUCUUGGUUUUCUGGUGGUCGUGUUUCUGAUAUGUUUUUGUCCAUAUCACUGUGUGUCUUUUGUGGAAAAUAAUAUGCUCAGUGACUCAUUUUUUUCCUAUGCACUCUUUCUGCUUUACUUAAACUCCACCUUAAACCCUUUGAUAUAUGUAAUGUUCUAUCCCUGGUUUAGGAAAGCAGUAAAACUCAUUGGUACACUUCAAAUACUGCAGCCUGGCUCAUGUGAGGCUAAUAUGGGGUACAAAUAA